CUCUCUCUGAAAACGACUGCAAGCAACCUGUGGUCUACCUCUGUACAUACAUAUAUAUCGCUUUGCAUUAUAUUAUUAUUAUAUAUGUAAUAGAAAAGUAGUAAUUAACACGUAUUAAUAUAUAAUAAUUAUAUAUAAGUGUCUAUGUAAGCACAAUGGGCCGGUGUAAAACACUGACUCAACCCCAUUUCCCUUCUUUGCAAGUUUCUCGCCCUCCCCCCAACCCUUCCGUCUUCUCUCUUUCUCUAGUUGGGUUGUCUCUAUAAUUGCUUUCAUCGAUCGGUUCAAUCUCAAGCUCCAAAUUAGUUAAGAGUUGCAGAAAUGGUGGAUAUCCAGACUGUUUGCUGUAUGUGUGGCGAUGUCGGCUUCCCCGACAAACUCUUCCGCUGCUCCAAGUGCCACAACCGCUUCCAACACUCCAACUACUACAGCGAAUUUGCGGAGCCAAUUGAGCAGUGCGAUUGGUGCCAGAGCGAGGAGAGAGGCUCCAGACACGGCAGCUCGUCGAAGAAGUCUUCCGCCGCCGGGAGUGAAGCCGGAAUCACCCACCGGUCGGAGUACUCCGGCGGCGACAGGAUCAAGCGGCCUGAGCGGGAAGACGGCGGCGAGAAGGGGAAGAGCCCUUCGCCGAGAACCGCUACACGCAGGUACAAGCUUCUCAAGGAUGUCAUGUGUUAGGCGGACACCGGUUUUCUCAUUGCCUAUCGCUGUGAUAUCACCUGUUAAAACCGGAUCAUGUUCAAGCCUUCUGUAUCUAAUUCGGAUUAUAAGCUGGGUUUUAUGUUUAUUUUCUUUCGUGUUUUUUGUUUA